GCGCGCGAUACUUCCCGGCUGGUCUUGGGUCCAGCCGCCAUUCCCGAGGCCGUGCGGCCGGGCUGGCGUUUCCUGUGGGCGUUUCCUCUUCACUCCAGGACACCUCGCCGGAGGGUGAGGAGCUGGCGGGCGCCUCGAGCAGCCAUUUGCAUUAGCGGAAGAUGGAAGUGUUUCCGGAACUGCACAAGCCAUCGUUAAGCUUGGAGUGUGACCACUGUGGCUUCAGAGGCACCGACUACGAGAAUGUGCAGCUGCACAUGGGCUCCAUCCACCCCGAGUUCUGUGAUGACAUGGACGCCGGAGGGCUCGGCAAGCUGAUAUUUUACCAGAAGAGUGCAAAGCUCUUCCACUGCCAUGCGUGCUUCUUCACCAGCAAGAUGUACUCCAACGUGUACUACCACAUCACAGCCAAACACUCGGCCGCAGAGAAGUGCAGUGACAAGCCAAAGGACCAGAGCAAAGAGGCCCAGUCUGUGAAAAGCCCUUCCCUUCCUGAACACCAGAGCACAGCCUUUGACCCAGCAGAAGCGAGGCCCACUCCAGCCCUCCCCGUAGAAACACAGAAAACUGAUCCGAGUUUGUCUCCAGAGCCACAGAAGUCUGUUCCUCCUGCCCUGGAGCCUCACGAUUCUGGCCCCGUUUCUCCUGAGCCACAGGCACCUUGUCUUCCUGCUGAGGCCUCCAAAACUGCUCCUGCUUCCUCUCCUGAACACCUAGACACAGCCAGCUCGGUUUUAGAGCUGCAGAAGCCUACCCCUGCUUCCCCUGAGUCUGUCAAGUCUGCUCUUGUUAGUUCCAAACCCCAGAAGCUUUCUCCCUUUGCAGAUACAGGGGCUCCCCCUUCUGCCUUGUCUCCAGAGUCACCAGUUCUGGCCACAUCUCCUGAACCUUGGGGGCCAUCCCUAACUGCAUCUCCUGAGUCUCGGAAGCCAUCCCCAUCAGAGUCUCCUGAGCCAAGGAAGCCAUUCCCUGCCAUCACUUCAGAGCCACGGAGACCUGCCCCAGCAGUGUCACCAGGUUCCUGGAAGCCAGGACCACCUGGUUCUCCUCGGCCUUGGAAAUCCAGUCCUUCAGCGACAUCAGGACCUUGGAAGUCAUCUAAACCUGCUCCAUCUGUGUCCACUGGACCUUGGAAGCCAAUACCAUCUGUAUUGCCUGGGUCUUGGAAGCCAGCUCCACCUGUGUCCACUGCAUCCUGGAAGUCUUCAGUCUCAUCUGGUUCCUGGAAAACACCCCCCACAUCCCCAGAGUCAUGGAAAGCUGGUCCCCCUGAGCUCCGAAAGACGCCUCUUGCUUUGCCAUCUGAACACUGGAAGGCGGCUCCCCCUGUGCCUCCUGAGCUUCGCAGACCAGGCCCGCCUCUCUCUCCCGAGAUCCGAAGUCCAGCAGGGUCUCCGGAGCUCAGGAAGCCUUCAGGGUCCCCAGACUUUCGGAAGCUUUCUCCUGACCAGCGGAAAAGCUCUCCUGCUUCAUUUGACUUCUCUGAGUCCCAGAAAAGUUCGCGUGGGUCUCCCGAGACCUCCUUCAUUCCAGAGUCUCAGAAGCCCAGUGUCUUCCCCGAGGCACGAAAACAUGCUUCUCCUGGCUCAUCUGAGCCCCCAAAGGUGACCUCAGACAUUUGGAAGCCUGUCCUCUCUAUUGAUGCUGAGCCUAGGAAGUCCACACUGUUUCCUGAGCCCCCCAAAACAGUCCUUCCUGCUUCUCCUGAGCCACGGAAACGUGCACUUUUCCCAGAGUCUCGGAAGCAUGUGCUUUUCCCUGAGCUCAAACCUGCUGUGUUCUCCGAUGAUCAGAAGACCACUGAGCUUAGUGACGAGCUACAGCUGGAGGCUGUGGAUGAUGCGAAAUGUGAUAGUCUGGUCCAGGAGGGCCUUCUGGCUACACCCAAGAAACUGUUAGAGGAUGCUUUAUUUCCUUCUUCCAAGAAGCUCAAGAAAGACAGCCAAGAGAACUCAGAUGCUGAGCUCAGUAGCAGUGAGUACGUCAGAACAGACUUAGACACCAUAGACAUCAAGGGCCAGGAGUCCAGCAGUGACCAAGAACAGGUAGAUGUAGAAUCUAUUGAUUUUGGCAAAGAAAACAAAAUGGAGAUGAGUAGUCCAGAGCAGUCCAAAAGUGUGCUUCAGUUCACCGAGGAGAAGGAGGCGUUCAUUUCUGAGGAGGAGAUUGCAAAAUACAUGAAGCGUGGAAAAGGGAAAUAUUAUUGCAAAAUUUGUUGCUGUCGUGCCAUGAAAAAAGGUGCUGUUUUGCAUCACUUAGUUAAUAAGCACAAUGUCCAUAGCCCAUACAAGUGCACAAUUUGUGGGAAAGCAUUUCUUUUGGAGUCUCUUCUUAAAAAUCAUGUAGCAGCCCACGGGCAAAGUUUACUUAAAUGUCCACGGUGUAAUUUUGAGUCAAAUUUCCCAAGAGGCUUUAAGAAACACUUAACUCAUUGUCAAAGCCGGCAUAAUGAAGAGGCAAAUAAGAAGCUGAUGGAAGCUCUUGAGUCGCCAUUGGAGGA